CAAUAGCAGUUGCAAAAUGAAGUUCUUAACUGUUAUUGGUAUUUUAGUUCUUUCGGCUGUAAGCCAGGCCCAAAACGGGCUUUAUGGUCGUGCGCCACCAGGAGGAAAGGGAUUGUCUGCAUUGUCCGGCGACAGAAAAUCAAAUUAUCCAUUAUCAUCCGGUGAAGCUGGAGCUCCAGGUUAUGACUAUUACAGUCAGCAUGGAAUGUCGGGAAGCAGGCAAGAAGUUGAAGUGGAAGAUUCACGACCAGUGCGUAGUGUGAAUCGCCGUUUUUCGGUCCCAAAAUGGAAAAAAAAACAAAAGAAAUUUAGGGGAUUUAGAAAACGCAAACACAAUAAACAUAAUAGGCGCAGAGGAAGACGUCCAUGCGAAUCUGAAAGCAAGAAAUCAGACGAACAACACGAUAAGGAACUUAACAGGGAAUCCGACGAGCAACUUGAUGAGCAACCCGACGAGAAUCUUGAUGAGGAACCUAAUGAGAAAUUCGAUGAGGAUCCCGUCGACCAACCCGAUGAGGAACACAAUGAGGAAUCCGACGAAGAACACGAUGAGGAACUCAACGAGGAAUCCGAUGAACAACACGAUGAGGAAUCCGAUGAACAACACGAUGAGGAACCCAACGAGGAAUCCGAUAAACAACACAAUGAGGAAUCCGAUGAACAACACGAUGAGGAACCCAACGAGGAAUCCGAUGAACAACACGAUGAGGAACCCAAUGAGGAAUCCGAUGAGCAACCCAAUGAGGAAUCCGAUGAACAACACGAUGAGAAAUCCAAUGAGAAAUCCGACGAAGAACACGAUGAGGAAUUUAACGAGGAAUCAGACGAGCAACCUGAUGAGGAACUCAACGAGGAGUCCGAUGAACAACACGAUGAGGAACUCAAUGAGGAAUCUGAUGAACAACACGAUGAGGAACCAAACGAGGAAUCCGAUGAGCAACUUAAUGAGGAAUCCGAUGAACAACACGAUGAGGAAUCCAAUGAGGAAUCCGAUGAACAACACGAUGAGGAAUCCAAUGAAGAAUCCGAUGAGGAACCCAACGAGGAAUCCAAUGAACAACACGAUGAGGAAUCCAAUGAGGAAUCCGAUGAACAACACGAUGAGGAACCAAACGAGGAAUCCGAUGAACAACAAGAUGGGGAGUCCAAUGAGGAAUCCGAUGAACAGCACGAUGAGGAAUCCAAUGAGGAAUCCGAUGAACAACACGAUGAGGAAUCCAAUGAGGAAUCCGAUGAACAACACGAUGAGGAAUCCAAUGAGGAAUCCGAUGAACAACACGAUGAGGAAUCCAAUGAAGAAUCCGAUGAACAACACGAUGAGGAAUCCAAUGAGGAAUCCGAUGAACAACACGAUGAGGAACCAAACGAGGAAUCCGAUGAACAACACGAUGGGGAAUCCAAUGAGGAAUCCGAUGAACAACACGAUGAGGAAUCCAAUGAGGAAUCCGAUGAACAACACGAUGGGGAAUCCAAUGAGGAAUCCGAUGAACAACACGAUGAGGAAUCCGAUGAACAACACGAUGAGGAACUCGAUCAGGAAUCCGACGAAGGGCACGAUGAAUCCGACGAGCAACCGGACGAGCACUUUGAUGAGGAACCCAACGAGGAAUCCGAUGAACAACACGAUGAGGAACCCGGCGAACAACCCAAUGAGGAACUGACCGAGGCAGGCGACUAUAAUGGGUACUAUGAUUUCCCAGGGGAAGACGAUGAGUACAAUAGAUGGUAUGAUUAUGCCAGACUACUCCACUACUACUACUCCACGUAUUAUUGAUCAGGUAUUGAUUUCGAAAAGGACAUUCAAUUUGGAGCAGAUUAAUAUUAUGGUGACAAAUAAUUCUCUACCAAUGAUAGAUACAUAUUUCGUAUGUGGAUUUGUCGGUAUUCAUGUUUUGUUCCAUAAAUUACUCUAUAAAUAAAAUUACAGAAAUGAAUACAUACUAACAA